UGGAUGGGGAUCGGAAGUGCUUGCAAUUACUACAACGAGAAAUACGGCGAGGUGGUGAGAGUCUGGAUACACGGCGAAGAAACACUCAUUAUCAGCAAAUCGUCUGCCGUGAACCACGUGAUGAAGAAGAGUCACUACAUCUCCCGGUUCGGGAACAAGCGAGCGCUGCAGUGCAUCGGCAUGAACGAGAACGGCAUCAUCUUCAACAAUAACCCCUCCGUCUGGAAACAGACCCGGCCAUACUUUGCUAAAGCUCUGACCGGCCCUGGGCUACAGAGGACCUUGGCUAUGUGCGUGGAGUCCACUUGCGACCACCUGGAGAGACUGCAGGGCGAUAACUGCGCUGCCACCAGCUGUGUAAAUGUACUGCAGCUUCUGAGAGCCAUCACGCUUGAUGUCUCCAAUAGACUCUUCCUCAGAGUCCCAUUGCAUGAAGGCGAAAUGGUGUCUAAAAUCCAGAAGUACUUUGAUACUUGGCAAACGCUGCUCCUGAAGCCAGACGUCUUCUUCCGUUUCAAGUGGAUAUACAAGAAAUACGAAAAUGCUGCGCGGGAACUGCAGGACACGGUCAAGGAGCUGCUACUGAGAAAACGACGGGAUCUGCGAGAGGCCGAGAAACUGCAGGACAGCAGCGACUUCGCCACAGAACUGAUCUUUGCUCAGACGCACGGGGAACUGACCGCUGAGAACGUGACCCAGAGCGUGCUGGAAAUCCUGAUCGCUGGGCCAGACACCAUGUCUGUCACCAUCUUCUUCAUGUUAAUGCUGAUCGCUCAAUACCCCGAGGUUGAGAAGAAAGUCGUUGAGGAAAUACAAGACGUUACAGUUCCUGGGGACCGUGAGGUGGAGAACAGUGACCUGCAGCAGCUGAGGACGAUGGAGAAUUUCAUCAACGAGAGCAUGAGGUACCAGCCCGUGGUGGACUUCACGAUGCGCAAGGCGCUCAAAGAUGACGUGAUCGAUGGCUACCAAGUCAAGAAAGGCACCAACAUCAUCCUCAACCUGGGCCGCAUGCACAGGGUCGAAUUCUUUCCCAAGCCCAACGAAUUCAACUUGGAGAAUUUUGAACAAAAUGUUCCUCAACGCUAUUUCCAGCCCUUUGGCUGUGGUCCUCGCUCUUGUGUGGGAAAAUACAUCGCCAUGGUGAUGAUGAAAGGCAUCCUGGUGACUCUGUUGAAGAGGUACACUGUCCGCUCAGAGAAUGGAAGAACCCUAGCGAACAUCAGAAAUAACAAGGAUUUGUCCCAGCACCCCAUCGAGCCAGAAUCUUCUCUCCAAAUGAUGUUCAUUCCAAGGAAACAGGCAGAUAUCUGAGCCACCCCCACAAC